AUGGAGCCAAGCAAUCGCACAGGGGUCGUCAUUGAGAAAAUCAACCACACAAAGGAGAUCGUGGUUCAGCUCCGAGCUCUACAGCUGCCUCUUGGAGUUACUGACAGCAGCUCGGAGCUCGCGAGAGACCUCUUCGAUGAGGCGAUACGAUCACUGACAAGUGCAAGUUUAGAGCUCCGGACUGCAACUUUACCAGUUGAGUUUAAAGCUAGUGAUGAAGAUGAUGGAAGGAUGAACCUUUCAAAAAGGAAGAGGAGGAGGAGGCCUAGUGAGGACGACAGAAGAAGAAAUUCUAAUUUGACAUUGGUAACAUCGAUCCCGCAUGCUGAUGGACAUCUAUGGAGAAAGUAUGGGCAAAAGAAAAUCAAUGGGGAAAAGUUUCAAAGGAACUAUUACAAAUGCGCGCACUUCAAAGGCCAAGGAUGCCCAGCAAAGAAGACAGUGCAACAAAAGGCCUACAAUGAAAAUGAUGAUGCGCCAAAGUUCAGAGUCUCCUAUAUUAUGCAACAUACAUGCAAGAACUUUGAGACAAACUCGAAACCCAUAACUUCGGACAUGGGAUGCGAAUUUAUGAUAAAUCAAGAGGAUGAAAGCAAUGCCUCUAGCUCCCCUAACAAAUCUCAGAACAAUGAUGAAGCGUUAUCGGCCAUAACAGCCGAGUUCACAGAGCUCCUGCACAGUUCACCGAAAGAGCAAGAAGCUACAACAAGCGCCACUGGAAACUGGGAGGAAAUGUUUGGUUUUGGGGGAGGAGAUGGCAUGGCAUGGGAUUAUGAAGCAAUGAUAAAUGAGUUUUUUUGGUCGUUUGUUGAAGAAUAAAUAGAAUUAAUAACUACAGCUACAACUGAGAGAAAUAAAAUAAAAAAUAUGUAUAAUGCUAGUUCUAUGUUCGUUGGCAGGGGAUCUUUCCUUUAAGGAUGGUAUUGGUUUGUUCCAGAUAUGCAAUUCAAAGUCUCAUA